AUGAAGUGCCAGGUCGGCCUCCUUUCUCUGGCCAUGGCCGGCAGCGCCGUUGGCAGCUCGCUGGCCACAGACCUCAACGUCAUCUCGCGCUACUGGGGCCAGCUGUCGCCCUACGCCGACAACGACGAGGACUACUUUGGUGUCAACGACGUCGGGGUGCCGGCCGGCUGCGCGCUCGAGCAGGCGCACCUGCUGCAGCGCCACGCCCAGCGCUUUGGCACGGGCGAGUUUGACGACGCGCCCAACGAUGCGGCGUUUGCCGCCAAGCUCGCCGCCAGCUCAAAGACGACCAACAGCUCGUUCACGGGCCCGCUUGCCUUCCUCAACGACUACGAGUACCUGCUCACGGAGUCCUACCUGACCGGCAUCGGCGCCCAGACCGAGUUUGCCCUCGGCGUCAGCUUCUGGAACCGCUACGGCCGUCUGCUGUACAACGCCACCGCCGGCCAGGUUGCCUACAACGCCAGCAGCCCUGCUGCGCUGGACGCGUCAAGCCAGCCCGUGCUGCGCACCACCAGCCAGAGCCGCAUCUGGAACUCGCAGAUCUCGUGGGCCCUGGGCUUCUUCGGCCCCUCCUUCCAGCCGGUCCGCGUGCCGGACCCGACGCUCUCGAACUGGACGGCGCCCUUCCGCGUCGUCGUCAUCCCCGAGGGCGGCACCGAGAACAACACGCUGGCCUCCUACGACAGCUGCCACAACGACGGCCAGGAGCCCAUUGUCGACCUGGGCGACCGGGAGAUGUGGCCGUACGUCGCCUCGUACCUGAAGGCGGCCACGGCGCGCCUGCAAAAGUACGUCCCGGCCGGCUUCAACCUCACCACCAACGACACCUACGCCAUGCAGAGCCUGUGCGCCUACGAGACGGCCGCGCUCGGCGACUCGGCCUUCUGCGGCCUGUUUACGCUCGACGAGUGGGCCGGCUUCGAGGUCACGCUGGACGCCGAGUACUACUACGACUACUCGUACGGCAACCCGACCGGCCGCGCCCAGGGCAUUGGCUAUCUCCAGGAGCUGCUGGCCCGUCUCACCAACCAGUAUAUUUCCGUGAGCAACUCGAGCGUCAACGCCACCAUUACCGACAACGCCAAAGAUUUCCCCCUUGGCGCCAAGUUCUAUGCCGACUUCACCCACGACGACAUUAUCAUCUCCGUCCUCACGGCCAUGUCGCUCGACUACCUGCGCGACGCCCCGCCCCUCGGCGCGCACGCCUGGCCCCCAAACCCCAACCGCAACUUUGUCCUGUCCCACCUCACCCCCUUUGGCGGCCACCUCGUCACCGAAGUCUACGGCUGUGCCAGCGCCGACCCGGCGGCCGUGACGGAGCACACCACUGUCUACCGCAACCCUAGUGUCGCCGCCGCCGCUGCCAACGCCAGCGCCGGCGCGCCGCACAAAUUCAUUCGGCUGCGCCUCAACAACGGCAUCCUGCCGCUCCACACCAUCCGCGGCGGCGCCUGUGCCGGGCGGACGGACGGCCUGUGUGCGCUGGACGACUUUUUGCAGAGCCAGGCGAACGCGACGGCGCUCGCCAACUAUGCCUAUGCGUGCACGGGCAACUACACGCUGAGCGAUCCGUUUGACGGCAAGGAUUAUGACGGAACCAUUUUUGCGUAA